GUUACAUUGACGAUUCACAUAUGACACAAGACUCUCUUACGGCGUGGCAAGUGGACGCGGUCUCGUCACGUCUCCGAGACAAUGAAACCGGCAACAAUGAUACGAAGUUUGGGAAACGUCUUCAUGCUGGUGACACUGGUCGUUGGGAAACCGGCCUCGGAGGUCAACGUCGAUUCCUCGGGGCCAGUAGUUAACCUCCAGGGUUCGGGAGAUCCUGGAAGAGCUCAGGUCAAUGUGGACAUGCCAGGACAGGUCAACAUGAGUGCCGAUGGCCAGGCUCUGGUGUUGCUCCUGUCCGAGAAAGGUCAGGGGAUUAGGGUGGACAUUAAUGGAGUGUUAGUGUCUGACCUUGUUGAUGAUAACGACCUUACUACAUCAGCCCCGGGACAGGUCACCACACCGCCAGUCUAUCAAACUACCCAACCUCCAGUGCCCCAGACCUCUCAACCUCCGGUGCCCCAAACUUCACAGCCUCCAGUGCCCCAAACUUCACAGCCUCCAGUGCCCCCAACUACACAGCCUCCAGUGCCCCCAAGUACACAGCCUCCAGUGCCCCCAAGUACACAGCCUCCAGUGCCCCCAAGUACACAGCCUCCAGUGCCCCCAACUACACAGCCUCCAGUGCCCCCGACCACCACAGCACAACCUACCACCCAAGGCCCCCCAAAGAUAAACCACAACAGGAACUGCCUGACGAAGAAAGAGGAAGGGUUCACCAGCAGCGGCAUCUACACCCUGCAGCCGUUCGACUGCUGCCCGGACAGGGAUGUGGACGCCCCCUGUGACAUGACCGCGGACGGGGGUGGUUGGACGGUCAUCCAGAGACGCCAGGAAAAUCCACCCCACCAGGAGGACUUCUACAGGACGUGGGGCGAGUACGUCGACGGGUUUGGCGACCUCACGGGCGAAUUCUGGCUCGGCCUCGACAACAUCCACGCCCUCACGACCCAGACGAACUACGAGCUCCGCAUCGACCUCGCCGAUUGGGAUGGCGCCACUACAUGGGCCCGGUACAGCACGUUCCUCGUCGGAGACCGAGCCAAUAACUACCAGCUGCAGUUGGGAAGCUACUCGGGCGACGCAGGAAAUUCCUUCUACUACCACAAUAUGAUGCCGUUCUCCACCAAGGACGGCCCGGUCAAGAAUGACUGCCCCAAGACGUCCCACGGCGGAUGGUGGUACAACAGCUGCCACUACGCCAACCUGAACGGCGUGUACAGGAACGCUUUUAACAAUGACGGGGACAGCAUCGUGUGGUUCAGUUUCCGAGGGCCGAAUUAUUCUCUCAAGUUCUCUGAGAUGAAGAUCAGACCGACGGCAUAUUGUCUCAUGGGCGUCCUCCACCCAGGAUUGAUUCGUAGAGAGACAGCCUUAUGGGCAGGGUCAUCUACAGGGAAGGCAAGGUCCCCAUUUAGCCCGAGUUGGGAAUCCCUGGUUAUGCAAGCCCAAGGGCUUCGCCUCAUUACUAAAUGCCUCAAGAGCCGCCACCAGUCUCUAUACCAGAGACUCAGAUGGGAUAGCAACAUUAUCAGCAAAGUCAAGCAUUCCACUAUUACUCGAAGCAUUAGGAUACGGUCUAUUGUGGACUUGCCAGGAGUGGAUCCAGACUGCACCGGUCCCUGGUGCCUAACGAGGAAUGACCACGCUCCUCAACAGGCAAAAAUGAUUCGCCUCGUGAGCCUCCUCGUAACGGCCGCUUUGGUGGUCGGCCUCCCCCCGCCCGACGCGAACGUCAACAUCGAGUGGCCGGGAGACGUGCACGUGAAAGCCAAGGGAAAGACCCUCAUCGUCCUCCUCGGCGAAGACAAUGAGAACAUCAAAGUCAACAUCAACGCCACCCUCAUUGAUGGCGACAGCGGCCUCCUCCCAGCCACGCCCGCGCCCACGGUGCCCCCUCAGCCCGUGCCCGUCAUCUCGGAGAAGAACUGCCUCGACCUCAAGAACAACUUCUUCCAGUCGAGCGGCAUCUACGUGGUGGCGCCCUACGACUGCUGCCCCGACAAGCACGUCAGCGUCUACUGCGACAUGGACAUGGACGGCGGCGGCUGGACGGUGAUCCAGCGGCGCGACCAGUUCGACACGCAGCUCAACUUCUUCCGGGGCUGGGACGACUACGUCUCGGGAUUCGGCAGUCUCAGCGAGGAGUUCUGGCUCGGCCUCGACAACAUCCACGCCCUCACGAACCAGACCAACUACGAGAUUCGCUUCGACCUCGCCGACUUCGAGGGCAAGAGCCGCUGGGCGAAGUACAGUAAAUUCCUGGUCCAGUCGAAGGCAUCCAAUUACGAGCUGAAGAUAAGCGGCUACUCGGGCAACGCCGGCGACGCCAUGAGCUACCACAACGGCAUGGUCUUCACCACCAAGGACAGUCCCGUCUACAGCGAGUGUCCGGAGAAGCACCGGGGAGCUUGGUGGUACAAUGACUGUUUACACGCCAACCUGAACGGACAGUACCUGGCUGGCCCUCAUAACACCUUGGGCAUCGGAGUCAACUGGUACGAGUGGAGGCGACUCAGGUACUCCCUCAAAUUAUCCGAGAUGAAAAUCAGACCAAAACAGUAAAUCCAAAAGAAGAAGAAGAAAGAAAAGGAAAAAUCUGAACUGCUGAUCACCGAGCAAUCAAGAGAAAUAGGGAAUUGAGAUCUUUCAUAAAAUGCGAUCAGUGAACGAACAUAGUUUCGGGGUCGUUAUGUUACAACGGGAAUAGUUAGGGGGUCGUUAUGUUACGGCUGUUCUAUUGCUGAGCUUGAUCAAAUAAAUGAUAAAAGAAAUAUUGUAAAAUAUUGAGAGCUAUAUGAGCAAAAUAUUACGACCCCAAUGUUUAAUAUUCAUGGAGAAUCAAUCAUGCAUAAUUUUUUUUUAUAACUACAUAAUAAUAUCAAAGAAAUACCAUUACCACGGCAGUGAAUAAAAGUUAUUGAUCACUACUCUGCCACUAAAUGAUAUCAGUUGCAAUGUUAUUUCGAAAUGUUACUCCGUUACUGUUACUAUUACUGAUGAUAGUCGCAACACAGAAUUCGAUAUAUUAACGAAAUGUCAAAGUCCAUGUAUUUUAGAAAAUAAUGAUUCCUUCGGGAAUGUAGAUGAUUAAUUUGAUUUUGAUCAUUUUCGUGUAUCAAGUCAUUUGGCUGUUCCCUUAUACAUGUGAUUAAAGUAUGAGCAAUUUA